AUGAAAGACCGGCUGAACGAGCUGCGUGAAUUUGCCAGGUUACACAACCAACAGUUUUCUGAUAGUGAGGAUGAUGAAAAUUCACCCCGCGACGUUCUCCUUUAUGAGACUGAUUAUGCCUUGGAAGUUCUUCAUAAAGACAUACAGAACAUCCGGACAGAAAAUGACCACCUAAAAGAGGAUGUCAAGCGGCUCAGAAAGCAAAACAGACGCUUCCUUACUUCCAUGCGCCGCCUUAGUAGCAUCAAACGAGAUACCAAUUGUAUUGCCAGAGACAUCAAGGCCCGCGGAGAAAGCAUCCACAGGAAACUCCAGAUAAUGAGAGAUUUCAGCGAAGAUGCAAUAACAAAAUAUGGGGCUAUGUCUGUCAUUGCCAGGGUAGCGAAGAACCACUACGUUGACCUUAUGCACGCAUUUCAGGAAGCUAUGUUUGAAUACAAUGCAACAGAGGUGAACCAACGGGAGAACUGCAAGAUUCGAAUUCAGCGGCAGCUAGAGAUCAUGGGCAAAGAUGUUUCUGGCAACCAGAUCGAGGAGAUGAUUGAGCAAGGCAAGUGGGAUGUCUUCUCUGAGAAUCUCUUGUCAGAUGUUAAGGGGGCUCGCUCAGCCUUGAAUGAGAUAGAGACACGUCAUAAGGAGCUGGUGAAGUUAGAAGGUCGCAUUAAGGACGUUCACGAGCUCUUUCUGCAGGUGGCCCUGCUAGUGGAGGAACAGGCGGACACCUUCGAUGUCAUUGAGAUAAAUAUGCAAAGUGUUGAGGACUAUGUAGGAGACGCUAAAGACCAAGUGAAAAAAGCCUUGGAAUACAGAAGAAAACACCCCCUCAGAACAAUCCUCUGCUGCUGCUUAUCCUGUUGCAGAAGGUGA